UCUAUGUGACAUCCGGAACACUUGGGCUCACAUGGAUAGGCUUCAUAUUGUUGUUAGAUCAGUGAAUUGAGGUCGCGGGAUUCGUUUCAGUGAAGCUCACAUUAAAUAUAAGGUGAUCAUAUGAUGAUGUCGUAGUCAUUAGUAAUUGUAAGUUUAGCCAACCGCAGGAGCUGACAUUAUACACGUCGCCCGUGCACCGCCACCACUUACAGGUUGAGGUACAGAAGGAAGUAUCGGUCGUUUGACCUUUGACUGCUCUGGCGGCGAAUGACAAAUCGAAUGACAAAAAGGUUGGCAUUUCUCAGAGCGCAGCUGGGGUCCCCGCGCGGAUCUCAGGGGCUGAGGACGUCGGCGUUCCAGAGAUAAUGACAGCGAGCGCUCUGAAAGUUGGUCGAUAGCAGCGGAGGCUUCAAUAACGGAGGAGGGAGACGCAGCGGAAUCGGCUUGGCAUCAGCAGCAACCCUAGGAGGACCGAAGGCAGGCCCACUGCGGGAGAACGACUGCAGCACCAUGGACAGCUCAGGUCCUCCAUCUCUAGAUAUGGACGCAAACUAUGGCGGAGGCCUGCUGGACAUGGUGAAGGGCGGAGCCGGCAAAUUCUUCAGCAACUUCAAGGAUAACCUGAAGGACACUCUAAAGGACACCUCCACCAAAGUCAUGCACCAGGUGGCCACAUACACAAAAGGAGAGCUGGACAUUGCCUACAUCACAUCACGAAUCAUAGUGAUGUCAUAUCCUGCAGAGGCAUUGCAGAUCGGCAACCAGAACCAUGUGGAGGAUAUGCGCUCCUUUCUGGACUCACGGCACGCUGACCACUACACUGUCUUCAACCUGUCACAGCGCAACUACCGAGGCGCAAAGUUCUCCAACCGGGUCUCAGAGUGUAACUGGCCAUCCCGCCAGGCUCCCAGCCUGCACAACCUGUUUGCAGUGUGUAAGAACAUGCACAACUGGCUCAAACAGAACCCCAAGAAUGUGUGUGUCAUCACCUGCUCGGACGGCCGUGCUCCGUCGGGUGUGCUGGUCUGUGCCAUGUUCUGCUUCUGCCACCUCUUCUCCAACCCAGUGCCCGCCAUGCAGCUGCUCAGCGCCAAGAGACCCGGCUCUGGCCUCUGGCCCUCGCACCGGAGGUACAUAGGCUAUGUGUGCAGUAUGGUAUCAGAGAAGCCCUCCCUGCCACACUCCAAGCCCCUGGUGGUCAAGGCAGUCACCAUGAGUCCAGUACCUUGCUUCAACAAACAACGCAUCGGCUGCAGACCCUUCUCUGAGAUCCUCAUAGGGGAGACCAAGAUCUUCUCUACUGCACAGGACUAUGAGAGGAUGAGAGAGCACAGGGUCCAGGAGGGGAAGGUUGUCUUCCCUCUAGGUGUGAAUGUCCAGGGUGAUGUGGUCAUUUCUGUCUAUCAUAUGAGGAACACCAUCGGAGGACGACUGCAGGCCAAGGUGUCCAACACCCAGAUAUUCCAGAUCCAGUUCCACACAGGCUUCAUUGCUCCAGGGACCACUGUGUUAAAGUUUACGAAGCCGGAGCUGGAUGCGUGUGACUCUCCAGAGAAGUACCCUCAGUUGUUCCAUGUGUUGGUGGACAUCGAGGUGGAGAGCACUGACAAGCAGAAGGACCUGACCCCUCCCUGGGAACAGUUCCCUAAUAAAGACCUGAUCCCCAACGUACUGUUCUCCUGUCACCAGGAACACCAGGACGCACUGGCCAUAGCAGAUGAGAUGGAGGGACUGGACUUGGAGGAGCCAAGCCGGUCCCAAGGUGGUCUGGACAGUCGUACUCACGGGGAGGACAGCGAGCCGUCUGAUGACGAGAUGCUGUCCCUUUCCAGCCAGCAAAGCCACGCUAGCGGAGAGAGACCUGGAGGGGCUCAGACUGGUACCAGGGGCCCCAAGAGACCCGAGCAGCCCCACGCCCCCCCCGCUGCUCCUCCUCCUCCCCCAGAAGAGGUGGACCUCCUGGGCCUGGAUGGGGUGGCAGUGAACACCCCAUGCCCCUUGCCCCAGCCCCCGACCACCAACACCACCACGGACCUCCUGGGGGACCUGUUUGGGGCCUCCCCCCAGACAGGGAGUGGGCCCACUUCGGCCCAGUCCACCCCACAGAAAAUAGCCCCUCCAUCCACCCUCCCCUGCCCCUAUCCAGCGUUGGAUCCGUUUGGGGCGGGUCCGAUGCCCAAGCCCCAGGAACUGAUGGGGUCCUUCCUGGGUCCAGCAGGCCACAGCUCCCCAGUCCCACCCACCACCCCUGUAGUCACCAUUCAGCAGCCUCCCAACACCAUGGGAGGAUGGGACUGGAACAAACCUGCAGCUCCAGGAGGUGGUUUCAGUAUGGGCAGCAAGUCAGCCAGUACCAGUCCUACUGGGUCGGUCAACAACACUCCCACACACCAGGCCAAACCCAACACUCUGGACCCCUUUGCUGACAUCGGAAACCUUGGGGGAAGUCUGGGAGGAGGAUCUGGGUUCUCCAGUAAGCCCACCACCCCUACAGGCACCACCCCUGCCUUCCCCCCCAUGGGCUCCCCCUCACGGCCUCCUCCCUCACCCCAGCACGGUGGGGGCUGGCAGGCCAACACAGGCCUCCCCUCCUGGAAGCCCGGUGGUGGUGGUGUUGGAGGGCAGCCAGGGUGGCAGCCCCAACCCCAGGGUAAGGGUGGUCCAUCCCCACAGGCCAAGCCCAGCACCAGCCACUCCAUGCCCCACACCUCCCCCUCCAACAGACCCAACUACAACAUCAGCUUCUCUGCCAUGGGAGGAGGAGCUGCUCCCAAUGCAGCCGGGAAACAACAGCCCAACAUGGGUACCAAGCCCAAAGUUGCAAUGGCUAACUUUGAUGACCUGCUGUCUGGCCAAAGCUUUGCUGGAGCCAAAAAGAAGGAAGGUCCCAGGACAAUAGCAGAGAUGAGAAAGGAGGAGAUGGCUAAAGAGAUGGACCCCGAGAAACUCAAGAUUCUGGACUGGAUCGAGGGGAAGGAGCGUAACAUCCGGGCCCUGCUGUCCACCAUGCACACGGUGCUGUGGGAGGGGGAGACCCGCUGGAAGCCUGUAGGCAUGGCUGACCUGGUGACCCCAGAGCAGGUCAAGAAGAUCUACCGUAAAGCUGUGCUGGUGGUCCAUCCAGACAAGGCCACUGGACAGCCCUAUGAACAAUAUGCCAAGAUGAUUUUUAUGGAACUGAAUGAUGCCUGGUCAGAAUUUGACAGCCAAGGACAAAAAGCACUCUACUGAGCUGAGAGAGAGAAAGAGUUCCUGCCGACCCCCUGUGAUCAAUAAUGAAGCCCCCAUCGGAUCUGACUCCCCCCUCCUUCUCUUCUUGUCACUGUCCUGUGGACUCUACUCCAUAGAGACUCCAAUAGCCAGACUAACAGAAAGAUACCUGCCUACCCACCUACCUAUGUAUCUGGUGGCAGAACUGUCCAACUGUCCAACAAGAACUGUUCAACCCUGUCCUACAUGUCCGAGUCCUGAACCAAGCAAAGAGUCCUGAACCAAUUAAUGCAGUCAUCCAGCUGUCUAUGGAGACAUCGCCAGAGUGAUACUGUCCACCUAACACCUGACAUAGGUGAUAAUGACAUACCUGUGGUCACAGUGUUGUUAGCCAGGUGCUAUAUAAAGCAAGACGAUGCCAAUGUUUUACACACAGUAGCAUUAACACAGUGUUCCUGUCAGUCACCUGUCAAGACGAUGACAAUGUUUUACACACAGUAGCAUUACCACAGUGUUCCUGUCACAGUCACCUGUGUGACUUUGAAGUGAAGAUCUAGAGUCAGUGUUGGGAGUGGAUGGCCUAUUCAAUUAGGCACUGUACCACUGACUGUAAGGUCUAUACACCACAGUGAUCUCAGAAAUACCAUGUCAAAUAAUUUAUAUAGAGCGAUCUCACGGAGUUUCCACCUGAGUUGUCUAUCUUCAUGGAAAAGCUACUGUUAUCUAUGUUAUUUGAAUGACCACUUUAGAUCAAUGUGCUUCCACAGAACUCCACAGGAGAGUUCUAGGAGACAACAAGACAAGCCAGGGGGUAACAUGUUUACGUUCUGACAACAACCUGGAGACUCAACUUGACAUACAGAUAUUAGGUGAAGGUAGGCAGGAUAUUCGUUGUUGCACCACCACCUUUACUACCUACGGUGGUUGCUUCUUGUGUUUUCUUGCCCUCAGUCUCAGAAAGGUGCAAAAUGUCUUUAGCUUUAACACAGAGAGUAAACUCAGCUGCAGUCUGUUACCAGUCUUAAAGCUGGAAUCCACAUUAGGUGAAACAGCGCCACCAGUCGCCCCAGGCACAUUUGUUAUGAAAAGAGGAGAGGAGUUCAGAGAGAGAGAUAUCCAGCAUCUAGCAUCUUGGUUUUAAAAAACUCUGCUGUUCUAUCGAGUGUGCAAUCAUGUCCGAAAUAACGUCUUUGUAAUAUCACAAACAGACAUGGCAGUUUGACCACUAUGGAUUACAGCUUUAAACAUACAGUACUCACUCUCAUCUUUACACUCACUUGCUAGUGGGUGGCAGGUAGCCUUGCGGCUAAGCAUGUUGUGCUAGUAACCGGAAGGUUGCUGGCUCAAAUCCCCAACCUGACUAGGUAAAAAAUCUGUUGAUGUUCCCUUGAGCAAGGCACUUAACCCUAAUUUCUCCUGUAAAUGUAGUGUCUACAGCCUGAAAGAACCUGUGUGUAAAGGAUAUGAUCCAUAUCAGAGAAAGUAUCCCCUAUCACACUGCUGUACUUAUGUAAGAACUAAACUGCUGAAGCUUCAUCAUUGUUAUGUGCAGUUUUACUUUGUAUUAUGUUCAUUUAUUGGCUCAUUUCAGAUGAUUCAGUCCCUCCCAAUGAAGAAUCGUUCAUUUUAUUGCGGGUAAUGUUUAGUAACAUGCAGGUGGUGUAUUGUCUUAUUCAUCCUUUGCUGUAUCCUCUAAAGUGUUUACUUUUAAAUCAUGACAAAUAUUUGAAAUGAAAUUCUGAUUGAUCAAAGGCAACCUGUCAUUGAUGAGAGCUUUUAUAUUUACAUUAGUUUGAAGCAUAUAUUUUUUACAUUCACUGACUGGGAGACCUAGUGGAAGGACUACAGGACUGACUUUAUCUUGCUACACAUGGAGGCACAUCAUUCCAUAACACAUUACUAUACUUGAGUGUAUUGGACCACUAUCAAGCUUGUGAGAUCCUAAUAUAGGCCCCCUCUAACCCUUAUCUGUGUAAAACAAUACAUUUGGUAGACUGGCACAUCUAUUUCAUCUGAUACAACCAUUUCCCUGUUUUAUCCCCUGCAUACUGAUGAUGUCAACCAGAGGAGGCUGGUGGGAAGAGCUAUAGGAGGACCAGCCUACUCUGUUGUCAACCCUUUCCUCUGUGAAAAGGCCACACCUGAGUUGUGGACUAACGUGAGCACUGACUGACCAGUAUAUAACUAAAGAGACUGUCUGUCCACUGUAUUCUCUGCUUUCUCUGGUGACUAUACCAAUGGCAGAAGCUGUGGCUGUGUAGUAUGUAUGUACUGUGUGUGUGUGUGUGUGUGUGUGUGUGUGUGUGUGUGUGUGUGUGUGUGUGUGUGUGUGUGUGUGUGUGUGUGUGUGUGUGUGUGUGUGUGUGUGUGUGUGUGAGAGAGAGAGAGAGAGAGAGAGAACCCUAUAAGCUCCCUAGCUGACUGAAAUCUCUUGUCUAUCUGCUAACUUAGGGCAAUGUUAAAACGCUAACCUCUCUAUAUAGUGGAUGAGUGUUGUUGAAACUGUUGUACGUGAGGGUGUGAUACGAUUUGGAUACAACUACUGUAUGUGUUUGCUUGUCGGCUGUAAAAGUAUUACUACUAAAAAUGUAAACCGUUUCUGUCAGUGGAGGCUGCUGAGGGGAGGAAGGCUCAUAACAAUGGCUGGAACGGAGCAAAUGGAAUGGUAUCAACCACAUGGAAACCAUGUGUUUGAUGUAUUUGAUACCAUUCCACUUAUUCCACUCCAACCAUUACCAUGAGCCUGUCCUCCCCAAUUAAGGUGCCACCAACCUCCUGUGGUUUCUGUGUUUCUCUUUGUGGGUUCUGUUUACCCUUGAUAAAGUGAUAAGUGCAAUGCACAAAUAAAUAGAGAAGAUGAAAGUCAGAAACAACAAACAAA